AUGGCCGAGGGAAAGAGCAUCGAGAGCCUUGUGGCGGCUAGAGACUUGUUGAAGACUAGCCUCGACAAGUCGAGGGCUCUCGGCCUUGAGUUAGAUGGAAUGAGUCUAAGAUUGGAAACGGCGGACCAGAGAUUGUUGUCUCUGGAGUCUGCAUUUAGACCCGCCUCUCGGAAAAAGUGCACGUUCCUUGCAAUUGGAGACCACAUAGACUGCGCCAUACGACCGGCGGACGCGGUCCUGAAAGUCUACGAGUCUGUUCGUGAGCUCGAGCACUCACUCAAUUCAGUGGUUGCAGGUGUGAUCGAGCUUUUGGAAGACAAUGGGAUGACCAACGAGCGCUAUGUUUUAAACUUGAAGAGUUCAUUGAGCAUCCUCCAAGAUUUGCAGUCUUCUGAAAUGAAGUCACAUCGUGACGGAGGAGCUCUAAGUAUCGCAUUCGACAAACUAGAAUGUGAGUUUAAGCAGCUUCUGACAGAAAAUAGUGCUCCUCCUGCAUUUGACUCACUGACAGAAUGUCCCGUGACGAAGGAUGCUUGUGUCGCUUCAUCACCUUUUCCAGCAUCUGUCAUGCAGAAGUUGCAAGCCAUCCUCGAGAGAUUGAAUAUGAGCAACCAGCUGGAAAGCUGUAUACAUGCUUAUGUCGAUGUCCGGACCUUGAAUGCUAGAGCAAGUUUACAAGCUCUCCACUUGGAGUAUCUCGAGAGUCCAACCUUGCAAUUCGAUGAUGAGCAGACAAUGAAGUGA